AUGGAUCCAAUAAUGUUCAAGGCUGCAAGAGAUGGAAAUGUUGCAGAUUUGCUCAAUCUCCUGGAAGGCGAUCCUCUUAUCUUGGAACGCCUCGUGACUGCAUCUGCAGAUACUCCUCUCCAUGUAGCUGCCAUGUUCGGACACCUGGAUUUUGUGAAGGAAGUCAUCAAACACAAGUCCAAUGUGGUGGAAUACGUGAACGAACUGAACCAACAGGGAUAUAGUCCUAUUCACUUGGCUGCUGCGCAUGGGCAUGUUGAUGUGGUGAGGAUGUUGAUAGAAAUUAGCUCUGAGCUUUGUUGUCUCAAGGGGAGAGAUGGAAUGACUCCUCUCCACUGUGCUUCUGUAAAAGGAAGGGCUGAAACUAUGAGCCUGCUUAUCUCCGCUUCCCCACUCUGUGUUAUAGAGGUGACGGAGAGGGGUGAAACUGCCUUGCACGUUGCUGCCAGGAACAACCAGCUUGACGCUCUUAGAGUACUGGUGGAAUGGCUCCGGAGGACCAAAGCUUUGGUGGUCAUAAACUCUAAGGAUGGUGAUGGGAACACUGUUCUCCAUCUGGCUGCAGCCAGAAAAAAUCAUCAGGCUAUUGAAUUGUUGCUGAGCUGCAGUGAUGGUGCUCCUGAGGUUCUGGAAGUUAACGCCAUAAAUAAAAGAGGCCUGACUGCAUUCGAUCUUUUGAUGCUUUGUCCGUGUGAAUCAGGUAUAGUUCAUGCAGAAGCUGAAAGGCUUUUCAGGGGCAUUGGAACAGCAAGAGAUGGAGUGUUGGAUGACAUUAAUAGUACUCCUCGCCCAUACCACAACCAUAAUCCGGUUUCCUAUCAACAAAACACCCUAGCAGGGCACACUAACAUUGUGGCAGCUCCCUCAACCUCCUCUAGACAAGCUACCAUGCUCGGGGAUGAUUGGGUCACCUGGAGGAACUACUUCAAGUUUCAGUUUGACCGGGACACCCCAAGCAACGUGCGGGAGGCAUUACUAGUAGUGGCUGUGCUAAUAGCAUCAGCAACCUAUCAGACAGGGCAAAGCUUUCCUACUUGGGUCCAACAAGAGGGUUCUGAUAAAUUUGAAAUGAUUCGGGCAUCCCACAAUCUAGUCUUGUUCUUAUUCUACUCUCUUUCCAACACCGUAGGGUUCUUGGUAUCCUUGGAUAUGAUUUUGGUACUCACCAGCAAGUUCCCAAUGUGUUGGGAGCUGGUUGUGGCUGUACAUGCAAUGGCUAUCAACUACAGCAUCUCAAUUGUUGGAUUUGCCCCCUCAGGAGGCAUGAAGAUUGCCUCUGCUGUGCUGUGUAUCACAUUGCUAUUGGCAAUAAGAUUGACAUCCAGAUGCAUAAGAACACGGUCUAGGCGGCGGAUACAUAGAUCUGCUGAGAGACUGGUAUGA